GAACACAUUCACCCAUGAACACGAUCAAAGUGAUGAAGAGACAGCAGGUAAAUUAAUUAUUAUUAAAGCAAUUUUACUAACACAAACAAAAAAGCAUAAAAAAUAAAAAUAAAAAUGAACAGUAUCAUCCUUGUUUUCUGGGGUUCCUUUUGAGUUGAACCGAGAAAGGAAAGGAAGAGAAAGAGGUGGUAGUGUAAAUGGGCACCACCACCAUGUGGCUAUGUUACUUCCCAAAUUGCUUUUUCACACACCCCUCUGGCAGUAUCAAGUGCAUGUUCUUCUCUCCGACGCAACACCAAACUACUACCUCUCUCCCUCUCAGUUCCCCUACUCAUUUCCAUCUCCUCGCUUCCCAAUCCAACAACACCACAACCACAACCACACGGAGAAGUCGAAGGCUGAAAACCGAUGACGAGAUCUGUUCCGACAUUCGUCAAUUUCUCGCCGAUGCUGGACUCCCUAGCGACCACAUUCCCUCUACUAAGGACCUUUUACAACACGGAAGGAAUGACCUAGCAAACAUUGUCAGACGGAGAGGUCAUAAAAAGAUUCAGGACCUUCUCACAAGCUCAUUAUAUGGCGACAUUGAUUCUUUAAACACAGAAAAAAGUUCAGAUGAAAUACUUGAUGCUGCAAACGAUAGUCAGGAUCAAUUAUCAGGUCAGAAUGAGAUGGUUGACGGCUCAGUCGAUGAUGUCAUUUCAACAAGUGAAGUUCUUCAGGGUGACAGUUUUAGUAGUAUGUAUGCUGACUCAACUCUGAGUUUAGAUGAAUGCACUUCCAUCCUUGUAGAAUCUGUGGAGGAUGGCUUAGGUGAACUCAAAGAUCAUUUUGAAGAAGUCAAUAACGUGGCAGAAGGGGAUUUCCGCCCGACAGAAGUGACCACUGUGGAUAAGGAUUUCAGUAGUUCAAUGCCAACAGAAAUUUCUGGUGAAUCACCAUUUGAGUCAACAUUGUCUGGAAAUUCGGAGCGUGAAGACACUUUAAUGGCAAAAGUGGUUGGAGAUAUAACCUUUCCAAUGGAAGUUCCUUCCAUGGAAAACCAUUCCAUUACUUCAUUUAAUGAUCCUGAUCUUGAGACUGGAAACAAAGAGUUCGAUCAUUUGGAACCAUCAAUUGAUUUGUCCGUGGAGCAAAAGGACCGGGGUGCAUUUGAAGGUGUAGAUGACUACAAUAACACUGUUACAGAAGAUGUUCCCUCAACCUCUGAAUUUUCAGAGAACCAAACUGUUUCGAUUAUUCGAUCUGCAGACAUCAGUGAUAUACAUCUUGACACUUUCUCCAACUUAUCUUUGGAGAAAAGGGUUGCAAAUUUUAUUCAGAAUGGAGAUUUAGAUCCAGUCGAAGGUACCCAUUCUCCUAAAGAGAAUAAUGUCAUGGCACAUAAUGGGAACUCACCGACUUCCAAUCAAGUUGUUCCAUCUGGAAAAUUAGACCAGCCUCUUUGGGAUGAUCACAUGCCACAUGAGGAUCCAAAAACUCAUUUUGACAAGGAUUUGGAUGCAGAGGCUCCAACUGUACAAAAUGAAAGUGAGAUAAAUCAUCUCAAGUUCGCGCUGUACCAGAAGGAGUUGGAGCUGUCUCAGCUGAAGGAACAGAUUGAGAAGGAAAAGCAUGCUUUGUCUCUCUUGCAAAUCAAGGCAGAGGAAGAAAUCAGCAAAGCCAGAAAACUAUUAUCUGAAAAAGAUGCAGAGUUGCACGAGGCUGAGGAAAGUCUUUCUGGACUCAAGGAGGUUCUUAUUGAGUUCUGUGGCGAUGCCGAUAUUGUGGAGGUGGCUGGUAGCUUCAAUGGCUGGCAUCACCCAAUAAAGAUGGAUCCUCAAUCAUUAACUAGUGCUGUUGACCAUGGUGGAUCAAGGAAAUCAAGAUUUUGGUCAGUGGAGCUGUGGCUUUAUCCUGGUGUAUACGAGAUAAAAUUUGUUGUUGAUGGCCACUGGAGAACAGAUCCGCAAAGGGAGUCGGUAACAAGGGGUCACAUAUGUAACAACAUUUUAAGAGUAGAUAGAUGAUGCAUUAUGGUUCAGGUCAUAACUUCUAGAUGUACAUAACAAGGGUACAUAUCAAUUGAAGAUAAUGGUUUGCUGUGAACUUCCAAAUUAUCAAUUUUGACAGCAAUAUGGACAUAGGGCGACACAACUCACAAGCAUGCAAGAAAGAGCAGCAUUUGGAUUGAGAUUAGUGUUUGAUGUCCCGACAUCUUCCAAAUAUGUGCAAGGAUUAGUUUGUAGUUAGGAGAAAAUAAACCAUUAGUCCCUGGGCUAACCGCGAGGGAUUUAGAUAGUUUUAGUAAGAGGUCAUAGGUUUUAACUUUUAAUGUCCAAGCCAUCACUAUAUCUAUUAGGGAAAACUAGUUGCUUCAUUAGUAUUCAUCUCUUCUUCCGUCAUUUUUGGUGGUUCAUUUUCAAAGUGGCUCACAUGAACCAUGAUACAAAUUCAUUUCGCUGAGCACUGUAAAUUUAAGAUGCAAUGUAGUAUAUGAUGGAUGGUAGAGUAACUAUGUUUUCAUGUU